CGUCUCUUAACAGACGAACUCGAACCCCGCGUGUCAACUAUCUUACAGUCGGAUCCCCGUGGUGAGUCCUAACUCCAAGUCCCAACACACACCACACUGGAAACAGAGGGAGAGAGAGAGGAAUAAAGCAGAGGGAGAGAUGGGGGGAGAGCUUGUAGAGACUAGAGAGAGAGAAGGCAAGGCCUGCAUCCCCAUGUCCUCUGCUACUGCUAUAUAAGACCCGCACGCCUCUACUUGCUUAUCCCCCACCUUGGUCUCAUGCUUCGGUCCACGCACCCACCCAGCCCCACCAGCGGCAGCGGCGGCUCGGGGGCGCCGGCGUCCAGCUCCGGCAAGAAGAUGGUCGACCCUGGCGGCGCGGGCAGCGGCGGCGGGGCGCCGAGCGGCGCGAAGCUGCUGCAGAUCCUGAACGUGCGGGUGGUGGGCAACGGCGAGCGCGUGGUGGUGCUGUCCCACGGCUUCGGGACGGACCAGUCGGCGUGGAGCCGCGUGCUGCCGUACCUGAUCCGAGACCACCGCGUGGUGCUCUACGACCUCGUCUGCGCCGGCAGCGUCAACCCGGAGCACUUCGACUUCCGCCGCUACAACACCCUCGACUCGUACGUGGAUGACCUCCUCUCCAUCCUCGACGUGCUCCGCAUCCCGCGCUGCGCCUUCGUCGGCCACUCGGUGUCCGCCAUGAUCGGCAUCCUCGCCUCGAUCCGCCGCCCCGAGCUCUUCGCCAAGCUCGUCCUCAUCGGCGCCAGCCCCAGGUUCUUGAACGACCGGGACAACGACUACCACGGCGGGUUCGAGCUGCCGGAGAUCCAGCAGGUGUUCGACGCGAUGGCAGCCAACUACUCCGCGUGGGCGACGGGGUACGCGCCGCUGGCGGUGGGCGCGGACGUCCCCGCGGCGGUGCAGGAGUUCAGCCGCACGCUGUUCAACAUGCGCCCGGACAUCUCCCUCCACGUCUGCCGCACCGUCUUCAACACAGACCUCCGCGGAGUGCUGGGAAUGGUGCGCGCCCCCUGCGUGGUGGUGCAGACCACCCGCGACGUCUCCGUGCCGGCCUCCGUCGCCGCCUACCUCAAGGCCCACCUCGGCGGGCGCACCACCGUGGAGUUCCUCCAGACCGAGGGCCACCUCCCCCACCUCAGCGCCCCCAGCCUCCUCGCCCAGGUGCUCCGCCGCGCGCUCGCCCGGUCCUAGCAGCAACACGCGCCCGAGGGACCUGAUCGCUAUUUUUACCGCCUCAAUUUUACUCCUCUCGUCAAGAAUCAAAUAUGACGCGACUUGCGCCGUUGCUGUGUGUCAUGAGUCGCCCUUGACUGUACUGUAGUGCUGGUGCCCGAUUUUUUUUUUAACCUUUUUACUGGAGUAGUACUGUGCCUCGCAUCUUGCCUCUCCUGCACCUGUUCGCGCCGCGUGGCGAGGAAACGAGACGGUGCCUCCCCCAGUCCCCCUGCCGUGUCUGAUCUGCAAGCGUUGGCGGGAGAAACUUUUUACUGCUGCUAGUCACCGGCUGAGCUUGGGAUCAGUGUUUCUGGCGGGUCUCCUGACCUAAUGAUCGGCUAAUGUUAUCGAUCGGUAUCAUCAUUGCAGCAUUACGUGCAUAAUUGGGUUUUGGAUAAGUCCUGAGAAGGAAAAGCGAUGAAAAGCCAUGGCGGAUCGCUGCCCACGACAUGCAUGGCCCAUCUUAUCGUCACACCUUCAUGUUUGUCGGCUUGUCUCUGACCAUGCCAUCUAGCAUAGCACCUGCACUACAACUUCGCUUAGCAGAGCAUUACUGUUCGUACGUAGCUGUACGCAUGUAAUUAUUUCUCCCUGAUUAAUCAAUUUUCUUGAAAGAAAAAAAAAGUUGGGCCA